AUGUGUCCAACAACGCAUGAAGAAAGGAUUCACAUGAAUGAGAUUUCGUAUGCUUCGGCGAUUGGAUCCAUCAUGUAUGCUAUGUUAUGUACAAGACCUGAUGUAUUGUAUGCAUUAAGUGCAACGAGUAGAUAUCAGUCAAAUCCAGAUGAAAGUCAUUGGAUUACAGUCAAGAAUAUCCUAAAGUAUUUACGAAGAACUAAAGAUAAAUUCUUGAUAUAUGGAGGACAUGAACUUGAAAUAAGUGGGUAUACAAAUGAUAGUUUUCACACAGAUAAAGAUGAUUCAAAAUCCCAAUCGAAUUUUGUGUUUAUCAUAAAUGGGGGUGCAGUAAAUUGGAAGAGUUCCAAACAAGCGACGACAGCGGAUUCAAAAACUGAAGCGGAGUAUAUUGCGGCCUCUGAGGCGACAAAGGAAGCUAUAUGGAUAAAGAAGUUUAUUACUGAACUAGAAGUGGUUCCAAGUAUUGAAAAUCCAAUAAAAUUGUACUGUGAUAAUAAUAGAGCUAUUGCGCAAACAAAGGAACCAUGA